AACAAGUUUGAAGUUUUAAGAUUAUUUAUUAUAAUUUAGUUGGUUUUUUUAUUGCUACCUAAAGAUCAGUGAUAUUAUUUAAGUUUUAAUCGCUCCUUUAUUUUCCACAAAUAUUGAUACAGGAAAAUAUCUCAUUGAUCAGCAACCUGCAGUGAAGAGAAACAUACCUAUUAAUAAUAUUGUUUUAUUAAUUUGGUUUUUUAAAAACUGCAAUUAUUUGUGGGCCAUUAAUUACAUUACGAAAGAUGCAGUUGUCUUUAGAUCCAAGACGAGCAGAUCGCGAGCGUCACUACAAACCACCACCACCUACCUCAGCACCAGCUGAAGAUCUUACUACAGAUUAUAUGAACAUACUUGGUAUGGUAUUCUCAAUGUGUGGACUGAUGAUGCGGUUAAAGUGGUGUGCUUGGGCAGCCGUGUUUUGUUCCAGCGUAAGUUUUGCCAAUUCCCGGAUUACUGAUGAUACUAAACAGAUCAUCAGCUCGUUUAUGUUAUCCGUAUCUGCAGUUGUUAUGUCUUAUUUACAAAAUCCAGCUCCUAUGUCACCUCCGUGGGCCUCACUUAUAUCAUAGACCAAUUAUGGUUAUAGCUUUUAAGAUAAUAACUUAUUUGUAUUCUUUAAAUAAAGAGUUUUUAGUCCAAUUCAACUUUAUUAAAAUGUUUAGUGUGGCAGGUCAUUAAAAAUCUAAAAGUUA